AUGCAUCGGGUUGCAAGUGCAGGAAAUGGAAGUAAUUCAGUGCGUACGCGCAAGGAAAAGAGGCUGACAUAUGUUCUAAAUGAUGCAGAUGAUACUAAGCACUGUGCUGGUAUAAACUGUUUGGCUGUAUUGAAGUCACCAGGACCAGAUGAGUGUGAUACCCUCAUUACUGGUAGUCGUGAUAGUACCCUAAAGAGAUGGUCAUUGGCUGAAGAUGGUGCGACUUGCUCUGCUACAUUUGAGUCCCAUGUUGAUUGGGUGAAUGAUGCUGUCCUUGCAGGUGGUAACAAAUUAGUAUCUUGUUCAUCGGAUGCCACUGUUAAGGUGUGGAAUUUUUUGUCUGAUGGAAAAUGUGUGAGGACAUUACGUCAGCAUUCGGACUAUGUCACCUGCCUUGCUGCUGUGGAGAAAAAAAGCAAUUUUGUAGCCUCAGCUGGCCUCGGUGGAGAGGUCUUUAUAUGGGAUCUUGAAGCUGCACUUGCUCCCAUCUCCAAAUCAAAUGAUGCAGCAGAAGAUGACUGCUCCACAGCGGUCAAUGGAUUGGGCACUUCAUUAUCGAACACAAGCCUUCGGCCCACCGGCUCAAGCAAUAACAUCUCUGUGCAUUCUACUCAAUCUCAAGGAUACGUUCCAAUUACUGCCAAGGGUCAUAAAGAGUCGGUGUAUGCAUUAUCCACCAAUGAUCGGGGAACACUUCUUGUUUCUGGUGGAACUGAAAGGGUUGUGCGAGUUUGGGACCCAAGAACUGGUUCAAAAACCAUGAAGCUUAGAGGGCACACAGAUAAUAUUAGGGCGCUACUGUUGGAUUCUACUGGCAGGUAUUGCUUAUCUGGGUCUUCUGAUUCUAUGAUCAGGUUGUGGGAUCUUGGCCAACAGCGGUGUGUGCACUCCUAUGCUGUGCACACUGAUUCUGUCUGGGCGCUUGCCAGCUCUCCAUCGUUUAGUCAUGUUUAUAGUGGUGGAAGAGAUCUUUCCUUGUAUCUGACAGAUCUGGCAACUAGAGAAAGUGUACUGCUCUGUAACGAAGAUCAUCCUAUCUUGCAAUUGGCAUUGCAUGAUGAUAGUAUAUGGGUUGCCACUACUGAUUCUUCUGUACAUAGAUGGCCAGCUGAAGCACAUAAUCCAAUGAAAGUAUUUCAACGAGGUGGUUCAUUUCUGGCUGGAAAUUUGUCAUUUUCGAGAGCCAGGGCUUCAAUUGAGGGUUCCACUCCUGUUCCUGUUUAUAGAGAACCAUCAUUUAGCAUUCCUGGGAUUUCGGCCAUUGUACAGCAUGAGAUUUUAAACAAUAGAAGACAUGUCCUGACAAAGGAUACUGCCGGCAUGGUGAAGUUGUGGGAAAUUACUAGAGGUGUGGUUAUUGAUAAUUAUGGAGAGGUUUCAUUUGAGAAGAAGAAAGAAGAAUUGUUUGAGAUGGUAAGUGUUCCUGCAUGGUUCACUGUAGAUACAAGGCUUGGGAGUUUGUCUGUACACUUAGACACUCCACAAUGCUUUUCUGCUGAGAUGUACUCUAUUGAUCUCAGCAUUGCAGAAAAGCCUGAGGAUGACAAGAUCAAUUUGGCAAGAGAAACCCUCAAAGGACUGUUGCAACACUGGUCAACUCGACGAAAGCAGAGGUUUGGAUCUCAAACUUCUGCAAAUGGAGACAUUCCUUCAGGAAAUGCUUUGCCUACAAGGACGGUAACAUUAUCUAGAGUUGAAGGCGGAGAUGGUUUCAUUGAAAAUGAUUCCACGGUGUAUCCGCCUUUUGAGUUUUUUUCAGCUGCCCCUCCUUCUAUUGUUACCGAAGGCACUCAUGGAGGUCCUUGGAGAAAGAAAAUUACUGACCUGGAUGGAUCCGAAGAUGAGAAAGACUUCCCUUGGUGGGUUCUUGAUUGUGUGUUGAACAAUCGCCUGCCUCCGAGGGAGAAUAGCAAAUGUAGCUUCUAUUUGCAACCAUGUGAAGGUUCUACUGUGCAAAUCCUUACCCAGGGCAAACUUAGUGCACCUCGCAUUUUGAGAAUACAUAAAGUUGUCAAUUAUGUCAUAGAAAAGAUGGUUCUUGAUAAGCCAAUGGAUGUCGUAAAUGGUGAUGGAAAUUUUGCUCCCGGGUUGCCUGGUGGUCAUAUCUCAAUACCAUCUGUUGGAGAUAGUUCCUUCCGUUCGGGACUGAAACCUUGGCAAAAACUCAAGCCUUCUAUUGAGAUCAUGUGCAAUAAUCAGGUCUUGCCUCCGGAAAUGAGCUUGGCCACUGUACGAGCAUACAUAUGGAAGAAACCUGAUGACCUUGUGCUUAACUACAAGGUGGUGCAGGGCAGGUGA